AGCCACCCAGGCACCCAAAGUCAUUUUCUUUUAGAUAAAUGUUUGGAUUGAUCAUUUGCAACCCAUUUAUCAAAAGAGCAGAAAGGGUGGGUAUCUGUUUAAAAGCCUGAAUCUUCUUGGUUUUGUGACUAGAUUCCAUAUGUAUGCUGAAGCCUAAAUUCCUAGGCUACGUGUUCUCUUUAAGAAGAUUUUUUGGGUAACUGAUAUAAAUACUGAUUUGCAUCCUUCUUAAAGUGUUGGGUUUUCAGUCUUCAUCAGCGCUGGCUAUCCUGUAUUAAACUAGAUUUGUCUCCGUGACCAUGAUUUCUUUUUGGGUCAGUGGCUCUACAGCUGACAAUUACUUAGCAUGGCUAAUUAUAGAAGUCAUAAACGAAAAUCACUGUCCCAGGCGAUGACAGUAUCAAUUAUUUGGACAUAGGUACAAGUUUCUAGUCAAAUGUGUUCAACCAUGGCCUGAGACCCAUAGAGUCCACGUGUGUCCUUUAGUUAGCACUUCCGAUUGUGUUCUUGGGAAUGGACAUCAUGUUGACCAGCAACUGUUGAAGGGAGUUUGCUCUGUCUCCCUAGAUAAAGAAAGGAAUGGAAAUGUACUUUUGGAAAAACAAAUGAGAGAGGAGGUGGCAGGGUUAGGCGGAGAGAUGAUGUUCCAGUUACUAUAGCUGUAUAACAUUAUACCCCAACCUUAGCUGCUUAAAACAACCGAGUGAUGCUCACAGAUUCUGUGAAUCAGGAAUUUGUAAAGGGCAUCAUGGGGAUGACCUCGCUCUGCUCCAUGCUACCUUAGAUGGGAUGCUGACUCAGUGGCUGGGAGCUAGAAUCAUCUGCAGGCUCCUUUGCUCACAGCUGGUGCCUGGGGUAGGCUGAUUCAAAGAUGAGAAUUGCCAACUGGAGCACCAACACAUGUGGCUCUUUGUAGCUCAGCUUCCUCAUAGCACGGUAGCCCCACUGUAGUAAGACUUCCUCUGUGGUGGCUCAGGUCUCCAAGUGCAAGCGUACCAGUGAGCAAGAGGGAAGAUGCAUCACCUUUUCUGAUCUGACCUCGGAACACACCAUCUCUUCCAUCGUGUUCUAUCGGUUGAAGCAAUCACAAGCCUGCCCCGAUUCAAAGAAGAGGAGUUAGACUCCACCUUUUGAUGGGGCAAUGGCAAGGUCAAAUUAUAGAACGCGUAAUACCGGAGUGGAGUCAUGCUGACCUCUACCCCAGGCACACUGAUGCUGGGCUGACAACAAGGGGCUUGAGCCUGAACUUGGAUGCUGACCUUGUGGAACAUUGGUGGAGCAGAGAUGGCACACCAGUCGUUAUCCUUUUCUUCCGUACGCUGUCACCAUGACCCUGACAAAAGGUUCCUUCACCUACUCCAGUGGGGAAGAAUAUCGAGGCGAGUGGAAGGAAGGCCGCAGACAUGGUUUUGGUCAACUGAUGUUUGCAGAUGGUGGCAUCUACCUGGGUCAUUUUGAGAAUGGGCUCUUUAAUGGCUUCGGGGUACUGACCUUCUCCGAUGGCUCAAGGUAUGAGGGGGAGUUCGCCCAGGGCAAGUUUAAUGGCGUCGGAGUCUUCAUUCGACAUGACAACAUGACAUUUGAAGGGGAAUUUAAAAAUGGCAGAGUAGACGGUUUUGGCCUGCUGACCUUCCCUGAUGGUUCUCACGGAAUACCCCGCAACGAAGGGCUGUUUGAGAACAACAAGCUGCUGCGGCGUGAGAAGUGCUCCGCAGUCGUGCAGCGGGCCCAGAGCGCCUCCAAGUCGGCCAGAAGUCUCACCGCCUGACGGACGUCGGGCACCCGCUCCCAAGCACGGGCCAAAGCGCAGGCCCCGUGGCGCCCUCAAGGUGAAUCCAUGAACCAGAUGGGAGAGGAGAUGAGAAUGCCUACGGAGCAGAGGCCUGGAGACAUGCCCCCUCACCUGCCCGGUGGGGAUUCAAUGACGAAGGUCGUGAGGAUUCUGACCCCCGGCCCACAGCAGGGUCACCAGUUCCGUCUCUGCCUCUCUCCCUGGUUGGUAUUCUUUGUCCCUAACGCCUCGGGUCGCCCAGUGCAGACCUGCUUCUACUCGAUUUCCUGCCAAUGGAGGCAGGAUCUCUUCAUUCUGCCUGUACUGGGGGCAGAUGAUCCUGGCCCCAGGUUAGGGCUAGUGCUUUGUGCUACCCUGGAGAAACAGGGAGAAACACAGGGGUGGCUUAGACAGCUCCGCAGGCCUGUGAAAGUCAAAGCCAGAGCGUUUCCGUGUGUCACCCCCUCAUUGGCUGCUGGUUGGCUUCAUGGCUCCGGGCCUUCCACUUUGUCUCCCCAAGCUGGUAUUUGUGUCUGCUUGUCCCCCUGUGAAGGGUACGGUAAGAGUGCGAUUUCCCUCUCCCCUGACUGUACAAGCUCUCUUCCUUACCUGAGGUCCAGCAGCUAAUUUUUGCCCCAUUUGUGCCUCUCUCCUUCCUUAGACACAGGACAGGAUCCCUUUUGGGGCUAGUCAAGAAACUGAUACAAGGAGUCAUCUCAUAACGUGUAUUUGUUACUUACUCCGGGGCAGAGGACAAACAUCUCUGGGCCACUUAAGGCCCUACCAUGGAGUGACUGAAUUCUUAGGGGUGGGUUGGGCUGACACAGCCCCUUCCCAGCGGACCUGUAGGUCAGACCCACCUCAACCCCUUGGAGCUUGGGGAGAAUUGGACCCAUCCUAGGACCGAAGUGAACCAAAAGAGAGUUUGGCUCCUUACAUUUGGUUUCCUGUUAACUCUUCCACCACGAGCUUGGCCUUCAGGCCUGGGGGUCAGAUCUGGAUGGAUAGGAUCCCUGCGUAGUUCAUCACGGAGGCCUCCAGUUAUCCCAGAACCCAGACAUGCCCACUCCACUCCCAGCCCCUUAUCCUCACACUGAAUGUCUCAACAGCAGAUUGUGGUGGAAAUUAUAGCCGUGUGCCUCUAUUUAUUUUCUGAGUUGUACUGUAGAAACAAGUGUUUAUGAGGAAUAAACAAAUCACCAGAACUGCGUA